AUGCAAGCCCAACUCCGGAUUGCGACCAACCUCGCCCGAACAACUCGAGUGCAAGCUUUACCACACCAUUCGCCAUACGUUCUCAACUCGGUACAUGAAGCCUUGAGGUAUACCUCGAGCGGGCAGCAUAAACCUCCCAAGACCAUAUUCUCCGGUAUUCAGCCAACCGGCAUUCCCCAUCUAGGAAACUAUCUCGGCGCACUUGUCAACUGGGUUCAUCUCCAAAGAAAUUCAGCUCCAGCUGAUCGACUGUUCUUCUCGAUCGUAGGGCUGCAUGCCUUGACGCUGCCUCAAGACCCAGUCAAACUGAGGCAAGAAAGGUUAGAUACGCUGGCGAUCUUGCUGGCUAUUGGGUUGGAUCCCCGAAGGAGUGUUAUAUUCUGCCAGGAUCAAGUUCCACAACACGCAGAGCUCGCAUGGAUGCUCAAUUGUACCACCCCGAUGGGGAAACUCCAACGCAUGACCACUUGGAAGUCUAAAAUCGCAAUUGCCCGCAACGCGAACUCCACGGAUGAGGUGGAUGAAUCACACCUGAACCUCGGCCUCUUUGCGUACCCCGUACUGCAGGCCGCAGACAUCCUUCUCUAUCGCGCCACCCAUGUACCUGUGGGGGAAGAUCAACAGCAACACCUCGAACUCAGUCGGGAUCUCGCAGACCUUUUUAACAGAACCCACAAGGAACGGGUCUUCCCACUUCCACAACACAUCAUAACCCCAGCUAAACGUAUUCUCUCGCUACGAGACCCUAGUCAGAAAAUGUCGAAAUCGGCACCUCACCCGGCUUCGCGCAUCUUAUUAACAGACCCCCCGGAAGCGAUUGAUAAAAAGAUCAAGAGCGCCGUGACGGAUUCGGAACGUGGGGUCGAAUACGAUCCUGUUGCAAGACCGGGGGUGGCGAACCUGCUGACCAUUCUGGACGCCUGUCGGGGCCUAUCGGGUGAAAAUCCACCAGACCAGGGUGGAGAUACGAGCACGAGGCUCGAAACCCUUGCGUCUGAGCUUUCCACCCUCUCCCACGCCGAGUUUAAGCGAUGGGUGAGCGACGCCGUUCAAUCGACCCUGGCCCCGAUUCGGGACGAGUAUACACGCAUAAGGGCCGAUGAGUCGUACCUCCGGGACGUUGCCGAGGCCGGACGUAUGCGUGCGUUUGAAGUUGCGGAAAACACGAUGGCGGAUGUGAGAGAAGUGCUAGGCGUUGGUCGGUUGUAG